AUGUUCGCUAAAGCUAAAGGAGACCUAAUAAAAGCCGCUAAGGCCUUUAGUAGUAAGUAUAGUAACCCGCAAGGCGGCGAUAAUAUCGAUAUAAACUUCGGUACUAGCGGCGACGAUAAUAUCGAUAUAAACUUCGGUACUAGCGGCGACAACGACGACUACAACCCUACUAGCGCUAGUAGUAACGACGAUAGCGAUAACCUUCGAUACUGCCGCCCUCCCUCUUCCUACUACUACUACCGCCGCCGCCCUCCCUUCUCCUCCUACUACUACUACUACCGACGCCCUCCCUCCUCCUUCUCCUACUACUACUACCGACGCCCUCCCUCCUCCUACUACUACUACCGCCGCUGCCGUCCCUUUCUUCGCUCCGCCGGCUAUAGUACUAACAAUAGGCGGGCAGCGGCCUAUACGAAUCGCUACGAGUAG